AUGAACGCGACUCCUACGAACCGGCUCAAACUUACGCCGGGAAACUCCCCCUACCUCCAACAACGACCGACCCCUCGGACCCCCCUUAGGGGACGCUUCCCCCACGAAUCCCGCCUCUCUCUCAAGCGGGUCAUCGGCACCACCUGCGCCUCGCCCACAGGCUUUGACACCGUCAACUCCUCCUUUGCAUACAUCGCGGGCGGCGCCGUUGUGGUCGUCGACGUCGACGGCGAGCACUACGCCCAGCGAUUCUACCGCGCCCGCCCGACGGCCGCCCCCGUAUACGGAUCCGCGCCCCUGUCGCAUAACAACCACUCGGCACCCUCGACCCCCAAGGCCAACGAUAGCAGGAACCGGGUCGCGGCUGGCAUCCGGGAGUCACAGAGCUGGUCAGACUCGCCGAGCUCGACAUGGACGAGCCGUGAGCGCAUCAAGGCGGCAACGUGCUUGGCGCUGAGCCGGGACGGGCGAUAUCUGGCGGUGGGCGAGACUGGGUACGCUCCGCGCGUGCUCAUCUUCAACCUCGAGGAUUCCUCGUCUGACGUGCCGCUGGUUUCUAUCAGCGAGCAUGGGUUCGGCGUGAGGGCGGUGGCUUGGUCUUCUGAUACCAGAUGGCUUGCUUCUCUGGGAACCUCCAACGACGGCUUCCUUUUCAUCUGGAGAAUCGACCCCCGUACUGGUGCUGCCAAGUUGUACCAGCAAAACAGGUGUACUUCCACCAUCAAGGGCAUGGUUUGGAUGGGCAACAGCCUAGUCACACUCGGCGUGCGGCACAUAAAGAUAUGGCGGGUCGAGGAGGCCCAGUCCACUUCACCGUCCAAGUCGAGGUUCAGUGAAGCCAAUUCGACACCUCAGCCUCCCCAAAGACUCCUAAACGGCCGCAAUGUGCUUCUUGGCUCACUACUGGAAGCUACUUUUAGCUGCGCAGCCGUGGUUGACGAAACCAGCAUCAUUAUCUGUUCCGAGGCCGGCGAUGUGUGCAUGGUGGAGGACGAUGGCAAGCAAACGAGACUCAUCCGGUGUCUCAAUGUCGACUUUCCAAUCUCCUCCAUCACCAUCAGGCAUGCUACCGCGUACCUCUCUGGAAAGGCCGGCCAAUUCGCGACGCUUAGCGUGAGGGCCGUCCUGGACAGUCUCCCGGACGCAGUCCUUUCCAAAAGCGUUGCGUCCUCUGGACUGGUAGCCAUGGGCUUUCUCACGGAAAAUCUCAUCACUAUCGAUGAGAAACACACCGUCGAUAUCUGGAGCUCAAACUACCUGCCAGGGAAGACCGAGGGAGAUCCUUCCCACAUUUCUAUACCCGGCCACGGGGAUCAGAUUUUGGGCAUCCAAGCCUUGCCGAAGCCGAACGAUCAAGGCGCCGAUUUCUUCACGUGGUCCGGUACUGGCAAGGUCAUCUUCUGGGAUAUGAAGGGCAGGAUCAAGUGCUCGAUCGAAGUGCCCAUUGAACAGGCCAUCCCUGAAAACGAGAUGGAUCCAGUUAAUCAGCUCAAUGUGGUCCGAGCCACCAGGGCCGGGAAGAUGCUUGUAGCAGCCGAUAAGUUUGGAGUCCUCAGAAUCAUGGACCUGUCGACAAAGGAAUGCCUGCUCGAGACGAAGGCGCAUUCCUCGGACUGCCAGGGCGUCACCAUCUACGAAGACGACAACAAGUUCCUGCUGGCGACUUGUGGCAGGGACCGGACGGCCCAACUCUUCCAUCGCUCAUCAACCGGAGAUUUCCGUCACUUCCAAACGCUCGAGUUCGCCGCCAGAGUCGUACAGACUCUCAUUCCGGCAGACGACAAAAUCAUCACAUGCUCUCUGGACAGGACGUUGCAAGUCUAUGACUUAGUCUGCAAGGAGGACGAGGUUGACGAGAUCGCCGCUCUCCCCUCUCGGACAAACACACUAAAGGCAGCGCCGACGUCCUUCACUCUAGGUCUGGACGAUAGGACCGCCUUCGUCUCGAUGUUGGACCGUUCGGUCUGCCAAUACGACCUCUCCAACGGGAAACUCUUGAACUGCUUCAAGUGUGUUGACGAAGGCGGAUAUGAGUCUGCCAUACUGGACUCUUUAAUAUUCAGUCAGCCUCCGGGCAAAGACACGGGUGUUCUCCUGGGUGUGUCCAACACGGACAAAUCUGUGCGUCUCUACGAUGCCCAGUCGGGCCACUUUGUGGAUAGAGAAUGGGGACAUACAGAGGCUAUCAACGGCGUCACGUUGACUGACGACGACGAUGGCUCUCAGAGGGUUAUUAGUGUUGGAUCAGACGGCACUGUGAUGUUCUGGGGCAUGGAAGGAGAGGACCGCACGCCUUCCAUUUGCAGGGACCCGUCACCGAUGAAAGACGGAUCCGCUGCUGCUAGGCCACCUCUGAGACGGGUGCUCUCCAAAGCGGAACUGGCAGAGUUCCAGCGACCCUCUUCUGCGCAGAGCGGUCGUCGGUCGCCUCCCAGAACCAUUCGGAGGCGACCGUCUCGGUAUGGGCUGAGCAACAACAGCGUCAGCACACCCAAAACGGCCAUGCAGAGCAGCCCGCUAGCCGAAGAUACGCCAUCACGACGCUCUUCUGGUAGCCAGUCUGGCAGCCCGCCCAUCAGCCCAAAGUCGAAAACGUCUAGACGGCCCUCGCUGCCGUCCCUGGGCCUGCCGCCAAAGAAGAGCUCGCCCAACCUGCGCGGCUUCGGCAGCCUCAACAUGUCCACCGAGCAGACCUGCCGCACGCUGAGAGCGUAUAGAAAGAAGCUCUCGUCCACAGAGCCUCUCAGUGAGGACGUCAUCUUCGAACUCGAUCAGGAAUUGCGCCUGACUGCCGCCGCGCUCGGCGAACGGGCCUCGAGGACAAAGGCCAUGCACGACACCGUCCUCCUCAGCGGUCUCCUUGACCAGUACGAGGAGCGUCUGGCUUCCAUGCUCGAUGAGAAGCUGCGGAACACCUUCCAAGCGAGAGAGGUCUCCACUCCAUCGGCCGGGCACGGGUGA